UUGCUUUGUGAUUUAACGACGCAUUUGAUAGGUUCUACUGCGUUUAGUGCAGAAUAUUUGUGCUACCAGUGUGUCUCAUCGAGCGAUGAUCAGGAAGAUUGUGAUAAAAGCGAUUUGGAGAAGUUGAAGCCAUUUAUUAAGGCAUGUCCCGUUCUCGAAGAAGGAUCGUACAAAGGAUCUAAGGCGAAAGGUUGCAGGAAGAUUAUUCAGACAGUCGAAAGUAAAAGGUCGAUUAUACGUGAGUGCGCGUAUUCUGGGGCUGUGGUGGACGGACAGAAGAAAACCGGCAACUGGGGCAUAAAUAUGUACUACUAUCAAUGCGAAAAUACGGUAAAACGUCGUCUCUUAACACUGAACGUGAAUCGUGUAAAAUUACGUCAUUCUCAUAAUAAAAGCCCAAUAAGCGCUUGA